GUGAAUCAAUUCAACCGAUUCACUGAAGUGAUUCGACUCGGCCGAACAGUUCGUUCACGCUAGCUUGAGAAAGGAGCUCCGCUGCUGCUGCUGUCUGGGGCCGAUAUGCAGAGGCGGGCCGGGGAAAAGAGGCACAAGAAGGGAAGGAAAUGCAGGAUUCCGAGGCGGCGUGUAUGAGUUAAGAGUCUCAGAGCAAGAAACCUGAACCCGGUGAUUAUAUUCGUCGCUCAGAAGCGGUAUUAAAGCAAGAAAGGGACGUUUUUAUGUGAGUACAGCCUCGCUCUCUUUGAAAACCACUAGCCAGCUAACGCUAGUCAUGUAGCGCUCCAUUCACACGAACGCCAAACAUGGACACGACUGCACACAAUACUUGUGUUUUACAUCGUCUCUGUAGCUAACAAACUCUCGGAUGAACGGAUCCCAAUGGCGAUAGGGCACAGAUGGAGGGGCGUUGUGGAUUUAGCUAGACGUAUACCCAGGGAAAACACUCUCGUCCGCUGUUGAAUCUGUGGCUUUGAUUUCCUCGAACCCGAUAAAAGUGCUCCCCCGUUGUUGUUUUGGUCAUAAAACGCCUCGAUAAGAAGUGCUGUGGUAUUUUUAUGUUUUUAUGGCCGUUGCUGAGCAGAUCAAGUUUGCUGUAGCUUAAGCCUGGAUCAGACCAAAUGAAGGAGUAUAAGGUGGUUGUGCUGGGCAGCGGCGGCGUGGGCAAGUCCGCACUCACGGUCCAGUUUGUGACCGGGACAUUCAUAGAGAAAUAUGACCCGACCAUCGAAGACUUCUAUAGGAAGGAGAUCGAGGUGGAUUCGUCCCCCUCGGUGCUGGAGAUCCUGGACACCGCUGGGACCGAGCAGUUUGCGUCCAUGCGAGAUCUGUACAUCAAAAACGGGCAAGGCUUCAUUCUAGUCUACAGUCUUGUCAAUCAGCAGUCAUUUCAGGACAUCAGACCCAUGCGGGACCAGAUCGUUCGUGUGAAGCGCUUUGAGAAGGUGCCUCUGAUCUUGGUGGGGAAUAAGGUGGACCUGGAGUCCGAGCGGGAGGUGGCGGCCUCUGACGGACGAGCGCUCGCACAAGAGUGGGGCUGCCCCUUCAUAGAGACCUCAGCCAAGAGCAAGAGCAUGGUCGAUGAGCUGUUCGCUGAGAUUGUGAGGCAGAUGAACUACACCACUCUACCCGAGAAGCAAGAGCAGUGCUGCACCGCAUGCGUUGUGCAAUGAGCGUCCUGGCCUUACUUUCAGUCCAGGUAUGAGAGUGCAAAACCGUGAGGAAAAAAAC